AUGCAUUUUAUUUUUGUCUGGCAUCAGGAAGUGGCUGUCAGUCCUCUGAGCGGAGCAGACGCGGGAUUGACUCAGCAGCAGUUUCUCUGUAAGGCAUUCCGAGGAUUCCUCGCGCUCCCUCCUCUCUACCUGUCCGACAGGUGUAGUCGGGCGGCUCAGCUAAAGCGCACAGAGGCAGAAGGGGGACACAAGGCGGCUGUGAGCCGGGGCCAUUCAUGGUUAUCUAUGGGGGAGUGUCUGCAGAGAGCUUGUCCAUGUCUGGAAUCGCUAUGGAGCAGGAUUUUCAGCGAGAAAAAGGCUUCUCCUGGAGAAAGAGGAGGAGGAGUGAGCGGUGGCAGCGGUGGCGGGGGAGGGAGAGACAGCAGCCGCGACGGCGGCGUUGAGGUGAGACCACCGCCGAGCGCGGCGCCGCAGGAGACCGUAACCGAGAGCAGCUCCAUCUACACGGCGGUGUGGCCGUUUGAAGCCCGGCACGAGGAUGAGCUGUCGUUCCAGGAGGGGGAUCUGUUCAGUGUUAUCAGCCGCAGCGGGGACUGGUGGACCGCGCGGAAGAUCGACAAGAACGGGCGCGUCCUGGACACCGGGAUAGUACCCAACAACUACCUGGCCCGGGCCGAGUCCCUGAAGAUGCAACCAUGGUAUUUUGGGACAAUGAACCGCUUCGAGGCCCAGGGCCACCUGAUGGGACCUGGAAAUGAUGAGGGAGCUUUCCUCAUCCGACACAGCGAGAAAGACAACGUUGGAUAUGUUCUUUCAGUGAGGUCAAACAGUCGGGUGAAGCAUUUUAAAAUCCACCAAGCAGACGGGGGUCAUUUUAACGUGGAGUACAACCAUCACUUCAGCUCCCUGAUUGACCUGGUGGAUCACUACAGCAGCAAGAGCCUGAACAACACAGGCAGACUAGGAAGUCCCUGCAAGAGGACAAAGCCCAACACACCAGAUUUGAAUCAUUUUACGGUGGAUGAGUGGGAGCUCCCGAAAGAGGAGUUCACCCUGGAGGAGGAGCUGGGCAGCGGCUACUUCGCUGAUGUCUACCGGGGACGCUGGAAAAACCACAUUAAUGUCGCCAUCAAGAUCAUCAAAAGUGACUCAGAGAUGAACCACCGCGAGUUUCAGAGGGAAGUUCAGAUCUUGAAGAGUCUCCGGCAUCGUCAUCUCAUCUCUCUGUUUGCUGUGUGCACAGCCUCAGCACCUUACUACAUCAUCACUGAGCUGAUGGAGAAAGGCAGCCUGCUCCACUUCCUCAGAGGUCCAGAGGGUCAGUGUCAAGACAUUGCGUCACUCAUUGACAUGGGUGCCCAGGUGGCUGAUGGGAUGUCGUACCUGGAGGAGAAGAACAGCAUCCACAGGGACUUGGCGGCUCGAAACGUCCUGGUUGGAGGUGACUACAUCUGUAAGGUGGCUGACUUUGGGCUGGCCAGAGUGAUCAAGGAGCCGUUCUACAUCACAGAAGACAAAAAGAUUCCCUACAAGUGGAGCGCUCCCGAGGCCAUCAGCCAUGGAAAGUUCUCCAACAAGUCAGAUGUCUGGUCUUUUGGUGUCUUGCUCUAUGAGAUCAUCACCUAUGGAGGCAUUCCUUACCCAGCCUUCAGCAACCAAGAAGUGUACCAGCAGGUUACCAAAGGCUACCGGAUGCCAGCUCCACCCAAAUGCCCCGACUUCCUCUAUCAGAUCCUGUUGAAAUGUUGGAGCGCCGAGCCUGACGACAGGCCACCUUUCAAGUCCCUCAAGGUCCAACUGGAAAGCAGCUCCUAUGAAAUGGAGUGACCUCCCCCUGACUUUCUGCAGUACAUGUGCAGCGCCACAGAGGGGCAGCAGAGAGUCUAAUACUUAACAGAGACUAAUUCUUCCACUGAGGACUCAAAACGAGAAAGUAAAACAAAAUCCAGGCUUUUGCGUAGAAAGACUUUGUGUGUUUGCAGAAUGCAAGCCUGCGAAGCCUGGUCACUUCAUCUGAUUAUUUUUUCUAGAGCUGAAACUAUUAGAAAGUUAUGGCAACAUUUUUUAUAAUCUAUUUUUUAAGCAAGUAUGCCUUAGAAAGUAAAGGUAUGUCAGAAAAUAGUUGAAAAUGCCCAUCACAAUUUCUCAAAGUCCAAGGUAAUAUCUUUAAAUCUGUGUUUUGCACAACCAACAGACCAAACCCCAAAUAUCAGCUGUUUGAAAUCAUAUAAAGCAAAGUGAAAACAGACAAAAGCAGCAACACAUUUGACAACCUGGAACCACUGGAAUCACUUUAAUGAUUCGUCAAACAUUAAAAUGUUCUGAGAGUCGUUAUAAUUUCCUACACAAUAAGAUUUUCUCUACAGUCCUUUUGGACCUGAAACAGCAUCAACAACAGAGAAGUUUUAGAGACGUAAGAUGAAGAUGUGAAAGUCCAUGCAGGGUGAGGUGACCAUUACUAUCAACUGAAAGCUAAUGUGAAUAUGCAUGUUUAUUUAGCCUCUGUUGAGUUUCAAAGUUUGGAAACUUUGUAGUAUCACUUCACAAAACAGUCUCACCUCAGGGCACAUUUAGGAGAAAUUCUGGAGCUUUCAGUCACAUCACAAAACUUUAUGAGAUUGUUUCGUCAACUUACUUUUCUAAGACUAAUGUCUUAUUUGCUGAUAAACCCAGUACCUGUCAGGGUCUGCAGUACUUAUCUUUAUCCAGCAGGGGGCAGCACAGUCACAGUAUCUGAGGAGCUUCUUCCCUCACCAGUGAUUUAAAGUGAUUUAAUUCACUUCAACAGUUCACAGCCUCUCAGUAUUUUAGCAGUUUCUCUUUUAGAUGCUAAAGCCUGGAAACGCUUCAUCUUUCAGAACCAAAAACUUAUUUUGUGUUUAUUAAUACUGUAAAUUAAAUAUUUCUAUUUCUGACUAAGUUGUCUCUCAGUUACUUAGAGCAACACGAAACAAAAUGUGUACAUGCAGUUGGUCAUAAUUCAAACAGAGACUGAUUUUUCUUUUUGUAAAUCUCUGAUUCAGAAAUGAAAUUAUUCAGUAAUUCAAGACAAACAGGUUGGAGGGAGGGGUGGAGGGGUCUGCUGCUGAUAAAAUGCCUGAUAAGACGUGUUAACCACCUGCUGCACCCAAACAGUAAACAAGCGUGAAAGUGUUGAAAGAAACCGCCCAAUCACAUUCAGCCUGGUGAGAACAGGAUGUGACUUGCUGCAUACAUGUACAGUGUAGGCCUGUUUUGUUUUUGUUUUUUAUUUUGAGUCUGUUUUUAUUUCACUUUCAUGUGCAAUGAUGAUUUUAGUUUUUAGGAACACUUCUAACAUCUGUGUACAUUUGCAUGAGUGUUAAGGAAAGUGGUUCCCAGUCAUAAAUCCACUCUCAUCAGUGUGUGUGUGUGUUGCAUGCCCUACUGUCUGCUGCUGGAUUUAACUGAUCGAUAACGCCUAAUGUUUGACCUCUGUGCUUUCUCUCUCUCUCUCUCUCUCUGCUGUUCAAGUCCAGAUUCAGACGCCUCUGUUGCAUCACCAAAACACUUAGUAAGUCAGUCACUGUCACACACACACGCUCGUUGUUUGAUUCCUGUAGAAUCUGUUUGUCUUUAUCUGAACAGUCUCCUGAAAUUACAUGUAUGAACUAACAGCCUGCAUACACACACACACACACACACACACACACGCACGCACGCACGCACGCACACACACCUGAAAACACAUGUGGGCUGUACUUUGAAAGUGUCAUAUACACACAACCGUCUUAGUCACUGAGGUCUCUUGGGUCAACGCAAGGACAAGUUGGUGCAUGAAACUGUAUAUGUGUGAGAAUGUGUGUGUGUGCAUUGCUGUGCUAUGUAUGACUCCCCGUCCUCCUGUCCUGCAGAGUCAUGUCACCCAGAUAACCCACUUCUCCUAUGUGAAUGGAGAACAGUCAGAAAUAAAGUCAGACCCUGAGUUCACUCCUAGGUGGCCCCAGAGACCUCAACAGGAAAAAUAAUAAAAUAAUAACUAAAAUCAUCUAUUUUCUGACGAACUGCGCUUAGCAUAAAGACUGGAAGCAGGUGGAAACAACAACUGCUGAA